AUGUUAAAAAGUAAAAGAGUCAUCAGCAAACUAAUAAGUAUCGUGGCUUUAAAUGUGUGCGAAAGAACAAAUACCAGAAUAUGGGAAUUUAUGUUUCCCUCACUGCUGAGAAUCUAGCAGAAAGGUGUCGUCGUCAGCUCAAGCUCUCAAUCUUGGAAAACAAAGUCUUGUCAAAAACGGAGGCAGACGCGUGUCGGUAGAUUCCAAUCGGAGGGAAUCAAAGCUAUAUUGCCAGUGCCUAGGCGUGCCACGUGUGAACUGCUGUCUUUUCAGAAAAAUUCAUUUCCUUCUAAGAGAUGGAAAUUCGGUGCGCUGUUCAACCCUAUGCGUGGGGCAAACUUGGGCACACAAGUGAAGUUGCAUCAUUACAAGAGUGUGCCCAUCCUGAUUUUUGCAUUGAAGAAACCAAACCUUAUGCAGAGUUAUGGAUGGGGGCACAUACUAGUGCUCCUUCACUCAUUAAGGGCUCCAAUGAAAAACUAAGUGAAUGGAUUUCUAAAAAUCCAGAUGUUUUAGGAGAAAGUGUCCGCAAUAAAUUUGGAGAUGAGUUACCUUUUUUGUUUAAGGUUCUCUCAGUGAACAAAGCACUGUCAAUUCAAGCUCAUCCUAAUAAGGAACAUGCUGAAAAGCUACACAGGGAGAGACCAGAUAUUUACAAGGAUCCCAACCACAAACCAGAGCUUGCUAUAGCCUUGACACCUUUUGAAGCUCUUUGUGGAUUUCGUCCAAUCCAGCAAAUAAAACAAUUCCUUGAUCGUAUCCCUGAGCUGAAAACAAUUAUUGGAGAGGCUGCCUCUAAUCUGCAGGCUAGCGAUGAGGCUGGAAUACAGUCAGCAUUGAGGGAUUGCUUUCAAGCACUAAUGACAUGUCCAGCAGAAACAAUUCAAGAGCAACUUUCUAUGCUUGUUGAAAGACAUUCUACUCUUGAUGAAUCUUCAAGAUCAUUAGAAAAUGCUAAUCUAAUUGCAAAGCUGUCCUCAGAAUUUCCUGGAGAUGUGGGAUGUUUCUGUGUGUAUUUUCUUAAUUACCUGAUUUUAAAACCAGGAGAAGCUCUUUACCUCGGACCUAAUGAACCACAUGCAUAUUUAUCAGGAGACUGUAUUGAAUGCAUGGCUUGUUCUGAUAAUGUUGUAAGAGCCGGAUUAACUCCAAAAUAUAUAGAUGUAAAUACUCUAUGCUCUAUGCUUACAUACAAUUGUGAAGAAGCGGAUCAAAAGAGGUUCCAGCCAACAGCCGUAGACUCUUAUACUCAACUGUUUUCACCUCCAGUACCUGAUUUUGCGGUGGCCAAAAUUGAGAUUCCUGGUGAAACUUCAACUUACGACAUUGGACCACGGUCUUCAGCUAGUAUCAUUUUAGCUGUUUCAGGAAAUGGGUGUGCACAGCAUGAUAUGCCAGUUAAGCGAGGUUCAGUCUUGUUCAUCCCAGCAAACACUGUUUUUUCCAUUAGUACAUCUGGAUUGAAAGAUACUCUUUUGCUUUUCCAAGCAAUGGCAAAUAUCUAAUGUUAUGAGUAGAGAAGCUGCUAACUGCUAACCUUUGAGCUUGAGAAAGGGUCAAGCUCUAGCUUUGAGUCUUAUGAAUGUGGCAUUCUGAAAACCAUGCAGAGCACUGCAUAGUACACUGCAGUGGCAGAUAUUGAAAAUACUCAUGACAACUGAUCUCAAGAAACAAAAUGCAUAUAAGUUCAUUACUGAGUUGGUAAAUAAAAUAUUAUUUGAAACAGCCUUAAUAAUGAGAUUAAAGUAUAAUUUAAUUGUUGCAACCAGGGAUGGAAAGCUGAAGGUUUUUGUUUCUUUUUGUUCCUUAUCUACUCAUGAAUGUCAAGGCCAAGCAAGGUAGUAAUAUACGGAUAAGGUAUAAACUGAAGUGCUGGAACCUAAUUCAUGAACUUUUAACCCCCUGAGGAACUUAACUGCCAUAGAAUGGUUUACUUCUUGAGAACAGGUUUAACACUUGAAAAAAUUUUCCUCAGCAAAAGAAAAGUUUCCAAAUGAGUUAGAAUUUAAAGGAAAGUUCUUAUGGGCAGUAACUUGUAGCUCAUCAUCUGACACCUUCUCUGUGCAACCUGUUUUUGGCUUUGGCAUUCACUAGUAAAUGAAAAGGAAUGAAUGAUGAGGAAUAAAACUCCGAAGUUUCCAUCCCUGGCUACAAUUUGUAACAGAAUAGUCAGAACCAUUGUGAUAUUUACAAGAUUUUGGUGAUGCUUUUACUUGAAACAAUAUUUAAAACGGCCAUUACUCAUCACUGAGCGUCAAAUGUCUUUGUGAUACUUUUGCCUAGAUUUUAAUGGUUCAUUUAUUUACUUCUGAAGUAAUGCAAGGUUUACGCAAACUAAUGUUGUACAGAUCUAAUAGAUUUAAAAUACAGGUUUUUCUGAAAUGAUCACUUUAAAUUUCAAGCUUGGUCAAUGUAUUUGAAACAUAUUUGUGCUAAUACUAAGGUUUUAUUUCAUU